UUAAAAAACCGGCAACAAACAAGCAAAUUCACCUGCAGCAGAAAUUGUUGGUACUGAGUUUACUGGCCGAAACUAAUCCUAAUCUUUGCAAACGGAAACGUCAACAUCUUUUGCCUUCGUUGUAAAGAGAAGAAAAUAAAAUAUCGUAACAAGCUGCUCUCUAAUGGAGUAACUGAACUUAGGACUUCACACAUCUCUGCCAAUCUGCGAAUAAUGGGUGACCUGAGACCACGGUGUGGGUGUUUUUUGUAGUACUGAUGGCAUCAAAUUAAGAUACCUGUUACAAUGGAGGAGGCCUUGGAGGUAAGAACAGAUGGGAAUUCCUUGCUGAAAGCUGUUUAUCUGAGCAGACUACGUCUUACUAGGCUUCUGCUGGAAGGAGGUGCUUACAUUAAUGAGAGCAAUGAGAGAGGUGAGACACCUUUGAUGAUUGCCUGCAAGACAAAGCAUGUGGACCAGCAAAGUGUCAGCAAGGUGAAAAUGAUAAAGUACCUCCUAGAAAAUAAUGCUGACCCUAACAUUCAAGACAAGUCUGGUAAGACUGCACUGAUGCAUGCAUGCCUAGAAAGGGCUGGUGUUGCUGUGGUUUCUUUGCUUUUGAAGAGUGGAGCUGAUCCCAGUUUGGAAGAUCAUUCACAUUGCUCUGCUCUUGUCUAUGCGGUGAACUCUGAUGACAAAGAAACACUUAGAGUUUUACUGGAUGCCUGCAAAGCAAGAGGAAAGGAAGUCAUCAUCAUCACCAAGGACAAGUCACCAUCAGGAAAACAGAUGACCAAGCAGUACUUGAAUGUACCCCCACUUCCAGACAUGGAGGACAGGCACUCUCUUCUACCCUGCAUGUCCCCUUCCGAGAUUGAGUUGAAAACUACUUCUUCCUCAAUGGCUUCUGCUAACCAAGAGAAUUGCAUGUUCAGUUUCAAAGAACAGGGACCCCACUGUAGUGGAAAAGGUUCUUCUCAACCUGGUUCUCCUACCAGGAAGCCAAAACUCUCUCAAGGGGUGGCAAGAAUCCUCCAUCUUCAACGCCUUCACUCUGAGCCUUGGCUGAAAGUCCCUCAGUCGCUCCUGCAAGCAAAUAAAGCUGCUCCCUUGAGUGAAGACCCUCAAGACAUUAGCUCUGAGGAUGAGCUCUCUCAUGAUGUAGGUGGCUUAACAUUACAAAAGCAACCGGUCACUCGGCACCAGAGCAUUGAUGUAAAGGACACUUGUAACUUGUUGAAAACUUUAGACCAAAACCCAGGCAGUGGAACAUUCAGAAAAAUGUCAUAUGAUGAAAUCUACUCACAUUUGUCACAUACUGACAUUAACCAAAAUAGUGGUACCAUCCCAGUUGAUCAAGACUCCAAUUCUAUUCACAUUCUGGGAACGACAAGUUUAAGAAAUAUUGUACAUCGGCAGAACGUUGGGGUAGAUCAUUACAGUUCCGACUCCCAGCUACCCCUUUAUACUGCAAAUGAUGAUUUAAAGGGCAUUUAGAGAAAAAAAAAAAUGCUCUCCACAUAUUCUUCUCUCCUUUCUGCUUCCAGAGAGUCUUUGGAGAGCACAUCAGUCACAUCAGUAAGCAGGAGGCCUCAAGGGCUGAUGGAACGGAGGGGUUCGGGGGCUUUAAUUUUGGAUCCCAUUUCUCACACUCGACCAGGCUACUUACCACCUCUAAAAUCCCACCCACCUAUUCCAGACAUUGGUAUAAACAACAUCAAGCACAGCAGCAUCAACAACUGCUCCUCUAAGCAUUUAGUUCCAUCUGCUCCCAGCUUCCCAAAAGAUCUCAAAGUAAAGAAAAUCCUAAUGCGUAGACACUCGAUGCAGACAGAACAGAUCAAGCAGCUUGUUAAUUUUGAGGAAAUAUUUGGCCAUUAGUGUGGGAAGACCCUUAUCCUCAAAUAAAAAAAAAAAAAAAACUUGAGUAAUUUGCUACUUUGCAGUCUGCAAUGGUUACUCCAACAAACAGUUGCAAAUUCUGAAUAGAAUAAAGUUGCUUAACACCAUGAGGUAGUCACUAAAAUUUCCGUAUCGUCUUCAAUGUACGGUUAGUAAAUAAAUCACUUUUUGUUAUUGUUAGAUUAAGUCCUUCGACUUUAGAAAAUUACUUUUACAGAGUGGAAAACAUUUUUGAUCGAAAGGAAUAAUAAAAUAAGUUAAAGUGAAAUUCUUUCAAUGGGCAUCAGUGACACAUUACAACCAGAUAAAAUGUUUUGUCACCUGGGUCUGCACUAUAUUGCUGCCAGUCUUUUCCACCACAGUGCUUGAUCUCAUCAUAAAGUUGUACCAGACUGAAGGCACAUUAUGUCAAGAUAUGACUGGCCUGCAGAUUUUAUCUUACCUGGACUCUAAUCAUGUGAGGAUGGAAAACACUGCUGCAUUUACACAUAUAAGUUGGAUUCUACCAGGUCUACAAACUUCACCAACUUGACACUUGGGAGAUUCAGAACUGAAUAGCUUUUUUGUCUUGUUUUGGAAAAUUUCUCUGUCCGAUCUCAUCAACCUGCACCUUUACCACCUAAGAAGCUAAUUCCACUGCCUCAGAUGUCUUCGUAUUUUAACUUUUAAUUUAGUUUCUAACUUGUUUAGCAAUUAUAUUUACUUAUAGCUAGUAACAAGAAACAUUUUGAUUGUAAGUAAAAUUGCAAUUGUGACAUACAGUAGUGCUAUAAUACUAAGUAAGUAAAACACUUUU